AGUCCUUCCUGAACAUUCACUCGAGCAACAUGAAGUCUGUCAUCUUCGCCUGCCUCGCCGCCCUGGCCGUUGCCGCCCCCCAGUUCGGACAGCUGAACCCGGUGGCCAUCCUGAGGGACGAACGUCAGGAUUUGGGCAACGGCGCUUUCGUUUACGAGUUCGAGGCCGACAACGGCAUCAGUGAAUCCAGGAGGGGAUUUUCGGGAUCCCAGGGACAGACCAACAUGGAGGGAUCCUUCAGGUUCCCUCUCCCCGACGGAUCCUUCGCCGAGGUCCGUUACAUCGCUGACGAAAACGGCUUCCGCGCCGAGUCCCCCCUCCUCCCCACCCCUCACCCACUCCCCGCCCACGCCAUCGAGCAGAUCCGCAUCGCCGAGGAGCAGCGCGCCCGCGGGAUUACAUUCGAGUGACUACUAAGCCCUGAUGACCGUUUCUGAAACCCGUCGCUUGUUUCCCGUUUAUUUUUUUUAUACUGAAAAUGUAUAUAAAUAAUUAUAAAAAAUUAUAAAUUUA